AUGUCACCAUCUGAUUUUCUGGAUAAACUAAUGGGCAGGACAUCGGGCUAUGAUGCAAGAAUCAGACCCAAUUUUAAAGGCCCUCCAGUUAAUGUCACAUGCAAUAUAUUCAUAAACAGCUUUGGAUCCAUUGCAGAGACAACCAUGGAUUACAGAGUGAAUAUCUUCCUCCGUCAGAAGUGGAAUGAUCCUCGCCUUGCCUAUAGCGAAUAUCCCGACGAUUCCUUAGACUUAGAUCCCUCCAUGUUGGAUUCCAUUUGGAAACCUGAUCUUUUCUUUGCUAAUGAAAAAGGUGCCAACUUUCAUGAGGUUACGACAGACAACAAAUUGCUAAGAAUUUUCAAAAACGGCAAUGUGCUAUAUUCAAUCAGAUUGACACUAAUACUCUCCUGCCCAAUGGAUCUCAAAAAUUUUCCUAUGGAUGUACAAACAUGUAUAAUGCAACUGGAAAGCUUUGGAUAUACCAUGAAUGAUCUCAUCUUUCAAUGGCAAGAUGAGGCACCUGUACAAGUAGCAGAGGGACUCACUUUGCCCCAGUUUGUUUUAAAAGAAGAGAAAGACUUACGGUACUGCACCAAACACUACAAUACAGGAAAGUUCACAUGUAUAGAAGUUCGUUUCCAUCUCGAACGACAGAUGGGCUACUACCUGAUCCAGAUGUACAUACCUAGUCUCCUGAUUGUUAUACUGUCAUGGGUUUCAUUUUGGAUUAACAUGGAUGCAGCUCCAGCCAGGGUAGCUUUGGGGAUAACAACUGUGCUGACUAUGACCACACAAAGCUCAGGAUCCCGAGCUUCUCUCCCAAAGGUCUCCUAUGUCAAAGCCAUUGACAUCUGGAUGGCAGUGUGUCUCCUCUUUGUGUUCUCAGCACUCCUGGAGUAUGCUGCUGUCAACUUUGUAUCAAGGCAACACAAGGAAUUAUUGCGAUUCCGUCGGAAACGAAAGAAGAACAAGAAGGAGGAUGAUGAGGUAAGGGAAAGUCGGUUCAGUUUUACAGCUUAUGGAAUGGGACCAUGUCUGCAAGCAAAAGAUGGCGUUACCCCCAAGGGGCCAAACAAUCCUGUCCAGAUCACACCAAAAACCUCCGAGGAAAUGAGGAAGGUAUUCCUUGACAGAGCCAAAAAGAUUGACACCAUUUCCCGAGCCUGCUUCCCAUUAGCCUUUUUAAUUUUCAACAUUUUUUAUUGGGUUAUCUACAAAAUUCUUAGGCACGAGGAUAUUCAUCAGCAGCAAGACUAGGUCUCCAGAUGUAUUGAGGCUUAGCUGUUCCAUUUAGCAGGAAAUAUCUCUGUUAUAUAUGUUUUGGUUGUGUGUGUAUGUGUGUGUGUGUACGUGCACAUUUGCCUGCAUAAGUGCAUGUGCAUGUGUAGGUGAUGA